UUUCCGUUUCCGAGUGAAGAAAACAUUUAGAAUUAGUUUUUGUCUUAAUUAAUUUAAUUGUCUUUUUCUCUCGCAAUCUAAAUUGAUUGUUGUUUUUUCUUAUUCUCAUUUUAGUUGUAAAGACCAUAUUAACUAUUAGAAAUCAUGUCUGUCGAAGUUGGGCCUGAUGGACAAAUGGAUAUCCAUGUUGCUCUUCAACAAGUUCUUAAAACUUCACUAAUUCACAAUGGUUUGGCCAGAGGUUUACAUGAGGCUGCUAAAGCUUUAGACAAGAGACAAGCUCAACUAUGUAUUUUGGCAACAGAUUGCGAUGAACCCAUGUACCUUAAAUUGGUCGAAGCCUUGUGUAAGGAACAUCAAAUUUCUCUAAUCAAAUUAGAUGACAAUAAAAAAUUAGGUGAAUGGGCUGGUUUAUGUAAAAUCGACAAAGAUGGAAAAGCAAGAAAAGUUGUUGGAUGCAAAUGUGUAGUGGUUAAAGAUUUUGGAAAAGAAACAACUGCCCAAGAUGUAAUUACAGAAUAUUUAAAAACAAGAGCAACUGCUUAAAUAAAUGUUCUCUAAUAUCUCAAACAUCAACAAUUGAUUUGUUUAAAUUAAAGAUUGUAUCAAAAGAAAA